CGAUAACGAUGCGCGCUACCGCUGCCCAAUCGAUAGGCAUAUGUAUGUAUGUAGAAUUUGUCAGAAAUUUUCUCGCACAAAGCAAAGUGUUUUGGAGGAUAAACGCCACUCAAUUGCCGAGCGAUGUGCCAGCGCCUGUAGAGUUCAGUUAGCUUACUACAGUGCAGGGACUCCACAUCGGGAGACACCAGUGGCGCAGGGACCAGGCUCCAUUCAGGCUCUGCCAGCGAUUUUCUCAUCAAGGCGUAGGCACAGACGUUGUGGAUCAUCGCUUCUUCGAGCGGGUGAAACAUGAAGAUGGCUGACGGCUCGACCAUAUUGCGUAGGAACCGGCCAGGCACAAAAUCCAAGGACUUCUGUCGCUGGCCCGACGAACCCCUGGAGGAGAUGGAUAGCACGCUGGCGGUGCAGCAGUACAUACAGCAGCUGAUUAAGCGCGAUCCGAGCAACGUGGAACUCAUCCUGACCAUGCCCGAGGCGCAGGAUGAGGGCGUGUGGAAAUACGAGCACCUGCGCCAAUUCUGCAUGGAGCUGAACGGCCUGGCAGUGCGGCUGCAGAAGGAGUGCUCGCCGUCGACGUGCACCCAGAUGACCGCCACUGACCAGUGGAUAUUCCUGUGCGCCGCCCACAAGACGCCCAAGGAGUGUCCGGCCAUUGACUAUACUCGUCACACGCUGGAUGGUGCCGCCUGUCUGCUAAACAGCAACAAGUACUUCCCGAGCAGGGUGUCCAUCAAGGAGUCGUCGGUGACCAAGCUGGGUUCAGUGUGCCGGCGAGUGUAUCGCAUCUUCUCGCACGCCUACUUUCACCAUCGUCGCAUUUUCGACGAAUUCGAGGCGGAGACCUAUCUAUGCCACCGUUUUACGCAUUUCGUCACAAAAUAUAAUCUGAUGUCUAAGGAGAAUCUGAUCGUGCCCAUCAACGUGGGUGAAAAUGCAGCCCCUGGCGAAAGCGAGGCUUAGGAGCCCGAAUAUGGAACACUCAUUCAACAUACAUCUAUUUAUAUUUACCAAUAGCUUGCAAGUUGGGUUAGCUCACCCUGACAGGGACAGAAUUCCACGCGAACCCGACUCUAAUGCAGAUCUUGUAUGUAGUUUAGAUGUCAGAUACACAUAGAGCUACAUAACGAUAACUAAGUAACAAGGGCAGUUCCAGAUUUAUGCAGGCCCCCUUAACCCGCUCACCCCAUCUGAUCCUAAGUCAGCAAUUAUUUCGCAAGUUAUAUUACGAUUAUGUUUAACUCCUUAUUUAAAUAAAUUAUAUGUAGGCACACGACCUUCUUGUGACUGAUUCUACGUCGAAUCCCCGUAAAUUUAACUAAAUUCCUUUGACUACUGGCAGCCAAAACACCAACACAUCUGUACGUGACUAAAACGUGAACUUUACUAUACAAAAAACUAUAUACACAACAGAAAUUGCAAUAAAAGAAGUACAUAUAUAAACACAUCAAA